CCUCUUAUCUAUAUUACUUGAUAAUCAUGAAGGCUACAAUCUUGUGUAUUACUCUUCUUGUCGUAGCUGUUGCCUCUGAAAGAUGUACAUUUUUCCAUCAUGAGUGUACCACAGUCUCCUGUUCAGAUGGCGCCCCACACUGCGUUCUAGGACAAUGUACCUGUACUCACAACACAGGAAAAGCAUGCACAUCAGCCUCUGACUGUACAGAUCACUGUCUGGCCUUCGGUGACCAACAUUGUGUAGACGGGGAAUGUCACUGUCCAUUUGAUAACCUUAUCCCUGGCGGAAGAUAAGGUGGACUCAGGGGAUUCGGAA